AAAAAAAAAAAAAAAAUGGAUCCUCGUCGAGUCCCUCGCACUGUAAGUGACCCCAAAGUCCGUCAGGUCGGGUUCUUCGCCCCACCCGACCGUUCUCAAUUGUCCCCGUCGGAGCCAUCCGCAUCAUCCCCACCUGUCUUGGAUCUCUCUCCCUCCGGCAACUCUCUCUCUCCGGUGAUGAUCCCGCCGUCGCGUCAUCUCUCCGAACUUCCCCGCGCCGGUCAAUUCCCUCCGGCUCUUCUCUCCCCACUCCGUCGGCCAUCGCACGGCGAGUCCAUUCCCGUCGGCAGCUAUAAUCCAUCCGAGUUUGCCUCCCCCACGGCGUCCGGCGAUUUGUCCGACGAUGUCCAGUGGUCAGGGCGGAUUCGCAGGGGCAAUUCUGGAAAAUUCGCUUCUUCUCUUCCCACUGGUGGAUUCGAUAUGUCCGGCGUUAAAGCAAAUAUUGUUCCGGCCACUGAACUGACGACAGUGUCCGUGGUCAACAUGCCUCCUGGUGUAACUGGUGAGCAAAAGCUUUUUCUUCCCUAU